AUGUCGGAAUCCAUCCAUGGUCCAUCCUACCUCAUUGGUUGUGUUUUCACAUCGGUGUCUGCAAACGCUAUUCAGGCCGCAACAAAAUCAUUAUCAGUGCAAACUCACCGACACCUCCAGUCGCUCGGACGGUCAAUUCUCGCAGCAUAUGCAUAUGAUAACUUUGAUGUAGACCUGAAAACCCAUCAGCACACAAUUGAAAAUUCGAUGGAAUCACUCAAGCAUCUAACAUCAGGCCUGAUGUUCCCACUGCAGCACAACAUCUCCAAGGAAGACCUUAGGUGUUCUGAAGAAUUGUGGAAGCUGUCGCCGUUUAAUACCCAAGCAGAGCUGCCACCAAAGAAGGGAUGGACAGAUCUGCUCAGUCUUCACAAGGACACACCAGAUGAAGCAGAUCUUACCCGUCGCGAUAGAUUUAAUUCGUGGAAGUUUCUCUCGGACCUCGUCUCAUACGGCCCUCCAUACUUUUCUCAAUUCCGUAACCAACUUCAUGAACCCAAGGCCAUUGAAGCCAUCCCCGUCAUCAAAACGCCAAUCAUUGCUACAUCUGUAAUGGAUGUCAGUAAUUCCACCGUUACAGGCAAUAUACAAAGUGUCGUUAAGCUGCUCGAGCAGGGCAGAAUCGGAGAUCCUGCAGCCGUCGAUGAUCCAGGGAUGCCCGACAUCUCAGAGUACGUAGUUCUAUUUCAUGGUGACCUUGGGACGGGGGAACACCUUCAGUCUGCACAGCAGCGUCGAGGAAUUGAAAACACACCAUGGGACUGUUUACAACAUGUUGUCUUUGUCCCCGGUCUUUUCCAUUUGAAGAUGGCGGCCGCAGACGCAAUUUGGCGGAUAUUCCUGCAGCCCAAUGCAGCACGACUAGAUGAAACCAGCCUCAUGCAAGAUGUAGGUAUCUCGCGGCCAAGGGAAACCGGCCACUAUGGAUCAAAGCCAGGGUUCCGUCGUAUGCACGAACUGAUCAUGCACGACGGUAUUUGUCGUUGCCUUGAUUGUUGGAGAGUCGAGGCUGGGAAAGGUGACACGAAGUGGACAAGUCUGGAGGGAUUUGCAGGAUCAGAACCAACAUGGAAAGACAUCAAAGCAAUGGCAUGCACCCUUGCUUGUAACUACAUUGCAGGUCACCAACUUCGGUGCAUGCAACGUGCACCGGCAGCUCAACAUGAUGUCCAAUAUGAAAAUGGACUCCUCUUGAACAAGUACAUGCUUAUAUAUGAGGAGCUGUCAUAUGCAAUGAAUAUCGGUGACAUCGGACGGGUCGAGACUUGCCUUGCCACAGGAAAACAUAAAUAUGCAAACGCUAUGACAGACUUCCUGUGCAAAGUGCAUUUCAUGUAUCCCAAAGGAUUGAAACGGGCUGUUCGCUACCACAUCAUGGUCAAUCCAACCGGGAAGAAAGGAAGGUUUCGAGCAGUUGACUGGUGCGUCGAAUUGAAUAACCUUUUCACAAAGGUUACCAAUGGAGGAAAAGGACCAAACCACACUGUUUCGAGAAUUAUAAUGGAGUCUCCACUCAUUCAGAUAUACCGGAACUUGCAUACAAUGUUCCAGAAUGACUUUCUGCAUGUUCAACAAAUGACUAAACACACAGAGGCAGAUAUGUCAAAAAUGUUCCAAGUCCUAUGCAGACACAUGAGAAAACACUCCUCAAACAAAGUAGUAAAGGGGUGCAGAAGCCAUUACAGUAUCCCUGACGUCCUUGCCAAGGGACAGGAGUUGAUGGAAAAGAAUAGCGUAGAUAACGAAGAUGGAGGGCAAGAAGCUGCUAUUAGGGAAGGUGAGGAUGAGCGUCCAUCAGUCGAUGACGUCGCGAUUGAAUUAGUCUGGUAG